AGGUAUUCACAGCAACAAUGUAAUCAUUUCAAAAACUUUGAAUAGGUUAUCGUGUGACAACGAUGACAAGUACAACCUUACUUUGAAAAGCUUCAUAAAUUUCCAACCAUUCGAGCAAUGAUGCUUCUGACGAGUUGUCGAAUAUUUCAUCAACUAACCAACAACCAAAGAACAAAGCUACCGAGAGAAUAAAAUUUUAAGCUUUGGUUCGAUCAAAAAUUGACGUGAUUUUGCUGAGUCUCAAAAAUAAGCCUAUUUACUUCACUCCUGAGUCAAUUUCAAGCUGUCUCAACAAUGCUCUAACAACGAUGAAAUUUCACUUUACGAAUUUGACUUCAUCUGGGUUCGAGGGUAGGCGCUGGUUUGAUUGCAGAAGAACGUGAAUUAUGAUUCGAUUAUCUGAAAAAUCUGCCGGAUUCAGAAGAUGAGAUUCGUUAAUAGUCGUUUCGCUAUCUCGUCGCGUUUUUUUGUGCGUUCUUGUUCGAAGAGAUACCCACUUUUUUGGUGUUUUCGCGUUACUACUCAAUUCGAAAAUAAAUUCUAGUAUGUACGACUGGUUUAUCGAGAAUCCGGCGAGAUUGAGGAUCACGACGACGACGCAGACGCAGACUCAGCAACGUCAACGGCCGCAGCUCCGUCAGCAGCAACAGCUUCAUUGUAUGGCUGAGCCUGAGCUAAGACAAUGGCCACUUUUCGAAGAUGGAUCAUCACAAUAUCUCGACAAGUUGGAGAUAAUAUCGAAUAGUAAUAGUACGACGAAUUCGAUGAAAUCGACACCGUAUUCGCGAGUGUGAAAGAUAGAAAUUCGCCGUGAUUGGGAAAGUACGCGAAGAAGACAUAGCCGCGAUAAAGGCCGAUAAAUGUAGGGCGCCUUUGCGAAAGAAAAUUACAUCCUGCAAAAGGGCUCUUAAUUCUCGUAUGGAGGCUUACAACAACAACUACAGUAUUUUUAUGACAAAUGAGAGCAACCUAUAUCAUCGUAGCGAUUCAAUUACAGACUCUGUGACCGAUUUCACCGAUACAGCGCCGUCGAACGGUACGAAUUUCUCACGCAGCACCAUAUUCGGCUACAAGUCGCAAUACACGACCGUCGAAGCGGUUGUAACCGGCCUCAUACUAUCGCUGGUCAUCGUCAUCACAAUCGUCGGCAACAUCCUGGUAUGCUUGGCUGUAUUCCUCGUCCGCAAACUACGCAGACCCUGUAACUAUCUGCUCGUCUCGUUAGCCGUAUCCGAUCUGUGCGUGGCCAUCUUAGUGAUGCCGAUGGCCUUACUAUACGAAAUCCUCGGCAGGUGGAGUUUCGGUAAUUUUAUGUGCGAUUUGUGGGUAUCGUUCGAUGUGCUGUCGUGUGCCGCGUCCAUCCUAAACCUGUGCAUGAUCAGUGUCGACAGAUACUACGCGAUUACCAAACCGCUCGAAUACGGCGUCAAACGGACCCCUAAACGUAUGAUUUUGUGCGUGUCCCUGGUGUGGCUGGGGGCGGCUUGUAUUAGUCUGCCGCCCUUGCUUAUUAUCGGUAACGAGCACGAAGUCAUCGAAGGUGUGCCCCACUGCGUCGUUUGCCAGAAUUUCGGAUACCAGAUUUACGCCACUUUGGGAUCGUUUUAUAUCCCCCUCACUGUCAUGAUCAUCGUGUAUUACAAGAUUUUCUGCGCUGCUCGACGAAUCGUACUCGAGGAGAGGAGAGCUCAGUCCCAUCUUGAGACUAAUCAUUGCUAUUUGGAGAUCAGUGUCAAGAAUGGUGACGGGCCUCCGGAGUCUAGGUUGGCUACGUCGUACGAAUCUUCGCCAGCCAUUUCAACUACCGCUGGUGGUAAUCGAACGUCGUCUCAUCAUAGGACCAGUAAUACUAGUAUUGCAACGUUUGGACCUAAUAAUAACAACGGCAGCAAUACCAGUAAGACGAAUAGCGUAUGUUUUAACACAUCCAGACCGAGUAACGAAUCGCAGUGUCCGAUGCUGCAGCCGUCAAAGACUAAUCAAAGCUCUGUUAAGAGUAAAUUGAAAAUUAAAGGCAAGAAGAGCCUAUCGAGUCGCUCAGCUAGACAUAGUGGAACCACUGUAAACAGUACGAGCAGCUCGGCAUCGCAUACGAAGAAGCUACGCUUCCAAUUGGCCAAAGAACGCAAAGCGUCCACCACGCUGGGCAUAAUAAUGAGCGCGUUCAUCGUUUGUUGGUUACCUUUUUUCGUAUUAGCAUUAGUUAGACCUUUUCUUCGCGAUUCGAAAACGAUACCGAAUUCGUUAAGUAGCAUUUUCCUGUGGCUAGGCUACGCUAAUUCGCUGCUCAAUCCGAUCAUAUACGCUACAUUGAAUCGCGACUUUCGAAGACCGUUCCAGCAGAUUUUAUUCUUCAGAUGCGGCUCGCUCAACCACAUGAUGAGGGAAGAGUUCUAUCAUUCUCAAUACGGCGAUCCGGAUCCGCCUCAGCAUUUCUAUAUGACCGGCACCAGUCCGGAAAAAACCAUGAUACAAAAUUUAAAAGACGUCGAGGAUGAUAUAGAAAUUAUUAACUCCGCUUCCAUUAAAAGUCCCAUACAAACUUCGAAAGCGAACGAAUCUUUUUUGUGAUAUACUCGUAACUAGAACUACCUACGUACUAUACCGAGCAGCUUCUCACUCAGCUGUACCGUGUGCGAAUGCCAAUACCAAUUUUACAAACGCCUAUAUUAUAUCGUACAUAAAAAUCUAUCCUUGUACUCGUACAUAUAUAUGGUAUAUUUUUAGGUAAAACUUGGUUUCUCCUUUUUCUAAAAAAAAAAUGCGUGUGUGUUUACGAUGAUGAUGUUUUACCUACCUGCCCCCCCCAUACCUAUGUGUUUUUUCUUCAUUUCUGUCUGUCUAUCUAUAUCUCAUUUCGCGUUCUAUUUCCCCAGUUUCGUUUUAAUUUUUAAUCAUUUUUUUUUCAACGCUAAAUCUGACACGUACGCGAUGUAUAGGAGUCGCACAGAACGCACAACGAAAGAAUUCCAGCUUUCCAGCCCCCCUUCGACCUGUGCCUUGUGUGUUUUAUAGAUUGAAAUUUCAUCCGGAUCGACUGCUGCUUCAUUUGGUUUGUUUUUCGAGUCACCUAUUACAUAUACCUGUGUAGAAUUGAUGAAUCGACGUUUUUGUGAAAGCUACACGGUGUUGAAUAAAUUUUCCUUCGUGAGUGUGUUGUUUUGGUGAGAUUCUGCGAUGAAUAAAAAGUGCACAUAGAUAUUCAAUGGAAAUAUCACAAAACAUUCUUUGAAAUGAGGUGACUGCACUUUGGGUGCUCGGGUGGCUUCAGACGUUACUGCCCCUGAUUGUUUUAUUUGAAUAGGAAAUGAUUCAAUAUUUUCAUAUUUUUCUCUACGUCUAAAAUAGAUUAUUUUUUAAAUGGGCCUCCCUCCCCUCACUCUCGAGUUGAAAAUGAUCAAAAAAUGAGAUGGAUAAUUUUAAUGAAGAUUCUAAAUUUUUACGUUAUUCUAAAUUACUCCAAUAUCUCCUUUACCCUCUCUCCCCUCUCUCUGAGAUUUUGGUUCUCAUGUGAAGGGUACAGAUGCGGAGCCGUUCACCGUUGAAGCAUUAAAAAAAAUGGAACGAAACAAAAAUUGCUGAAAAUUUUCCAAAAAGUCUAAAUUCGAGCAUCAUAAUUCAAUUUUACCUAUUGAUUAACUUUUUUGAAAACUUCACCCCUCAGCCCUCUUCUCCCUUGUUCUAGUUAUUCUGGUUCAUUUAGAACCCCACCAAGUUGGGAAAAAAUUGGGGGGAGAAUCAAAAUUUUCUGUUUCUGUGGUGGAAUUGCUGGAAUUGAAUCUAUUCUGAAAAAAAAUGACCAUAUCUCAUUAGUGUUGGUGUUUUCUAGUUUGUCUUUACUUCAUCGAGUUGCGAUAGUUUAAUUUCUGGAGCUUGAUAAAUACUCACUUGAGCGUGGGUAUUGUAACUUUUCCCACCUUUAAAUUCGUAGUCACGUGUUCUGAUAUAAAAUCACUGAUGACCUCGACGGGAAAAACGUUGACAUUUUCGAUAGUAGUCAUAAGCAGACCGGAACGAGAGUCUUGUACGAAUUGAUCGAAAAACAAGGUCAAUACAUCCUCUUUUUGAAAUUACAUUAGGCUUAGGGUGCUCCUUAUUUUGAAAAGUUGGGAUUUUGUAGCUCCCACCCCCCAAAAACAUGACCUCAGGUGAGAAAAGAAUUCCCUAUUUUUUAUUUUUCCCCUAUCUGUAAUAAGGUAAAACUGCCUAUUAGUACGCACCGCCUAUUAGUACGCAUUGCGUUUUUCUCGCGAUUGGUAACACUGAUCGAAAAUUUGACCACACCAUGACGUAGCUGACUAAUGACCCUAGUUUCUCCGAAAAAAUCACGCAGUUUGAUUGAAAACUCUGUCUCUGAGAACAAUUUGAAUGAAAAACUGUGUUUUGGAUUUUUUUUUCAUCAAAAUGGGAAAUGAGAUUGAACAUAUUAAAAUAAUGUUAUUUGGUAAGUAUCUUAUACCAAUCGAUCCGUAAUUUUAUGUAGUUUCUUAUGAAAAAAAAGACAUUUCGAAAAUAUUAUUUUAUUACCUAUAGAGCUAGACAUCAUUUUAUGUCAGAACAAAAAACUUCCUAUAAGUACGCACCUCCUAAGUCCUAUUAGUAUGCAUCAUUUUUGCAUGUAAAUUUUCAUUUUUUUGAUCAUUUUGCAUUAAAAUGAAUAAAAUUAGCUGAAAUUGGUAUUUAGUCCAUCUAAGUUCAAGAUUAUGAAGUCUGAUCAUGAUACUGACGCUAAUUUCAAAAAAAUGGACAAAAAAUAUGAUGUCAAAAAAAUGUAUUUUUUUAAAAUCUGAAAACUUUGCUUUUUCGGAUAUUUGAAUUGCUAAUUUGGUUUUUUUCACAGUAAUUCCCUCUAAAUAUGCCAUUACACUUUUUCAGUGCUUUUUGUUGGAUUUUUUACCAUUUUCAACGUGUAUUUACUCAUGCGUACUUAUAGGCGGACGUUUGCGUACUAAUAGGAAGGUACCUUCCUAUUAGUACGCAUUUGAGUUGCCCUCAUUUUUGCGUUAUUACAAAAAAGCAGCAAUGGGAAACUCAAAAGUGAGUAAGCAGUUAUGUAGCCAAGGGUUCAAAGUUUAUGUGUACAAAAUUUCAUAAAUUUUUAUGCACAACUCUGGGAGCUGGAGCGUCUCAAACCUUAACCGCGUACUAAUAGGCGGUCUUACCUUAAAAGUGGUGCUGGUAGCCUCCUAAGUGGAGAAAAAAUCAAAAAAAUAUUCUAUUCAUGAAAAUUUUUUGUUUCUGCGCCAGAAUGUUUUUAAAUAAUCCCCUUUUUAAGAAAAAAUUUCCCCGGCCCUUCAAAUCAUAUUGGCCCCCUAGUAAGGAGCCCCUCAAAGUUGAAAAAAUCAAAGUUAUGGAAAAUUUGAUGAAAAUUUCUCAUUUUUACAUUAGAAUUGUUCUACAUAACCCCCUUUUUCAAGAAAAAACCAUUGUUGGAACCCCAAACGAUUUUGGCUCUCUUGCAUGGAGCUCCUCGAAUUUGGGAAAAAUAAAAAAAUAUCAUAAAUUGAUGUCUGUAGAAAUUUUUUGAAAAUUUUUUAUUUAUGUGCAGAAUCUUUCUGAAUUAGCACUUUUUCAAGAAAAACCUUCCCUCCCGGUCUCCCAAAUUCGGGCCGGGCAUCCACUGGGAUCGCUAGUGUCGCACCAGUGGACUUUGAUUUUUAUCAGGACGAAACCGUGAUAGAGAAUGUUUUGUUGUACAAUUUCAGUUGAAUUUGAGUGUGUUUGUUGAUCGUUUUUGUCCAUUUGAACACAUCGAUCCACACGAAAGUUUCUUCAAUACAAAUCAUUUUGAAAAACUUCGAACUUUAUUUAUGUCAAAUAUCAAAUAUCACGUUUUCGUCCUUAUCAGAUUCCAAGUCCCAACAGCGACACAAAUCAACAUACAAAUGAAAAAUUCAUAUCUAUACAAAUUUUUUGAUAAUAUUUCAUUUCUGAGCAGAGUACUUUUAGAUAACCACUUUUUCAAGAAAAGCACCCUUUUGCCCUCCAAAUGAUGGUGGUCCAUAUUUAUGAGACCCCCAAAAUUGAAGAAUAUUAAGAAAGAUGAAAAUUGAUGUUUAUAGGUACUCGUAAUUAGGUGAACAUUUUUCAUCUCUGUGCAGAAUGCUUCGUAGAUAAUCUCCAGAAAAACCUUUUCUCAGUCCCCUCUACAAUGCUCACCAGCUACAUAGAUGAUAGAGAUCCACGAAGUUGGUUUUUUUUUUUGGAAUGGGGGUGAAGUCUCCUCUACAUUACAAAGUAUCAGAACGUCAAUAAGUCUUCUGUGAAAAUUUGACAUAGUUAAUUUUAUUACAAAACGUCCUUUUCAAUGUUUCUCAAAGUCAAAAUUCAGAAACUUGUCCUUUUCCCAAAAGUUUUUAAAAAUCUGACAUAUGACAUAGGUAGUGCUUUUCUGAUGUAGAUCAACCAAAUCCAAAGAUUAGAAUAUGGAAGAAAAAAAUGUAAUAAUAUUCAUCUUUUUUCAUUUUCUGCGGAAGGAGACAUAGGGCAAGUUCCACCUUUUCAUCAUGUAGACAGGUCAUAAAAUAUUUAACAGUAUUUCUAAUGAAAAUGGACCAAACCCAGGAUUAUGAUGUGAAAAAAAAGUAAAAAUUUCAAUUUUUCUGAUUUCUUUUAUAUUUUGAGAUCGAGGAGGGGCGAGAGACGUGCUCCCUAGCACGACUCAUUUUUACUAACGCGAUUGAAGAAGUUUUUCUCGUGAAACCCGAUAACAAUUUAGGGCGUCCUUGAAUAUUUUUUCACUACUACCAUAUGUAAGCAUAAAUAUGAGCUCUCCCCUCUAAUCCACUGGUUAGUGUUGGGGUGAGAUAGGGGGCUAAAAUUGAUAUAUAGGUUGAUUUUACGUAAGUAGGGACUUGACUGAGGUGUUGGAACUAGAAAGUUCACAAUUUUAAAAAUUUCGCCUGAUACUUCGAUUUUUUCCCCUAUAUGGGAAAAUAGGGGGGGGCCCACCGGCAGAACUUUUUCUCACCUAGGGGGCUGAAAUUUUCAGGGUAUUAUUUUCUCACCCGAGGUCAUGUUUUUGGGGGGUGGGAGCGAAAAAAAUCGAAAAAAUUUUUUUACCAUACAAAUAAGGAACACUCAUAAUUAGGCUGCAACACUUUUCGGAUCACUUAUUUGUACAUCUUCAAUAUUCUCUUCUAGAAUAUCAGUUAAAAAUUUCAAUAAUACCUUACCUUCUAACUUCUUAUUACGUUUGUUUGAAGAGGUUCUUGAACCCUACAUCAGUUUUUGGAUCAGCCAACAGUGUACAGUGGUCCUGGUGAAAAAUCUCAAAUUAGAUAUACAGGGUGCCCAGAAAUAUCGUGAACCCCUAACAAAGUUUUCUGCUAAAUAUUUCAUUUGGUCACAGUGAAUGAUGAUAAUGAUAGCACAUGAUUGGUUGUUAGACUGAGAUGAUAACAUUCCACCAAUCAUAAGGUAUGCAUCUAUUUCACGUUGCCAACCUAUAUUUUUAAUGAAGAAAACUUUCAUUGGGGUUCACGAUAUUUCUGGGCACCCUGUAACAGUCACAACUAACAAAACAGGAUUAAAUAUGUUGAGUGAGAUUUAAAGAUCAGAAUGAAUAAAUUUUCAAUAGUUUGUUUUGAGAAGGGGAGUAAAGAGGAACGACAAUUCUUGGGAGACCAGAAGAGGACUUAUCUUUUAAAAAAGGAUAUUGAAAGGAAAUUGAAAACUUUUUGAAAAUUUUUGUUGAUUUUUUAAGUAUUUUAUUUUUGAUUUUUGUAUGCUGUGAGGUCUUUGUACAUACAAAAGAAUCAACUUAUUUCAGAGGACCAGGGAUUGGGAUCUUGUACAGAAAGGCCAAUAUAACAAGAGGAACAGAAAGAGUUUUUUUUUCAAACAAAAAUUGAAAAUAAUUACGUAGGUAUGAACUUAAAAUUUUCGAAAUUUUUUGCCAAUUUUUGUUUUGCUUUUUUUAAAUGAUAUUUUUAUUUUUUCAACUUUGAGGAAUUGGAAGGUCUGCAAAAAGAGAGUCGGCAUUGGUUUAGCAUUAAAAAAUCGAGGAUUUUUGGUAACAUUUUUCUUCAUCAGAUUUUUUACGAGGAUAGGGAGGGUCUUGAUAAUUUAAAUUCGUUAUCGUGAAAAUUAACAACCUGAAGGAAAUGGGCCAAGAAAAUCGUAAAAAAUGAGCACCUAAAUUUUUCAAUGAAAAGAAAUUGUCGAAUCUGAUGACUUCUCACUUUUUCAAUUACUGAAUUUUGAUCCAAUUUUCUACAUUUUUAGACUAUCUUGAGGUCCAUUUUUCAUAGUUUAUUUUAAAAUCCUCACGCUCCAGGUAUGUUCAAUUUUUCAGUCAACUGAAGUGAAGCAAUUUGACUAUUGAAGGUGAGAAGUGAUAACACUCCAGCUUUGAAAAUGAAAACUUACCUCCUUUCUCGGUCAUCACCUUUUUAUAAACGAAACCAAGUCUUCAGUUUAUUGAUUCAUUGAUAAAAUUCACCGCUGAUGAUGUUUUCGAAAAAUUUGAUCAUCCCUCCGACCUUCUAAGUAUGUACCAUUUUGUUUUUAUGUAGUUAGAAUUUGAAAGAUUUAGAAAAUUGCGAAAAUUGGUCCAGAAUAUCCGAAAAAAUCAGGAAAAAUAAUCUUUCUGAAAGACUGGGAUUUUUAAAAAAAGAACCUAUGUGAUGUGCAGAGAACGAUUGACCUGCCUGAAAAUUAAAAAAAUGAGCGAGUUCCACAUGAAUUAAACUUCAGAUUAACAUACUGCCUAGCUACCUCAAAAAUUAAAAAAGCAAAUUUCUUUUCAAAGAAAAAAAAAUUUUUAAGAAGUUUUUGGCUGUGCAACGAAAGUGAAAUACGUGAAAAGGGAUUUUGAACGGAUUCUUGUCAUUUGAAAUUGUACCUAUACUUACUCGUAUUACGACAGCUUUCUGUCGAAGAUGGGAAUUCACGAUGGAUUUACAAUUUUUCGAAUUGACGGCAAGUUGUGUUGAAUUUUUAUACUGUCUCAGACAAAAAAUUUUCGUAUGAGAUUUCUUCGUGCAAUUCACUUUUUUCUGAAUUCUGUUUGUAGCUUCUUUUGAUCUUCAAAUCGUAUAAAACUGCGUUCGAUCAAGUCGUUAUCACUCUUUCAUGUAUUCACUAGUCAUUCUAUGGUCGAAAAUUAUUUUCAAUUUUCUCUCAUAAAAGCUAAAGGGUGUUUAUGCUUCUUCAAUUUAUAAAAUUGAAAACAUGUUCAAACUGUUUAUAUGUUUUUUUUUUCAGUGAUAGGUUCUCAUUCCAAAUUUUAGUAUGAUUGCUCAAUUUUCGAAUACCCGCUAGAUGAUUAUUAAAUGCACCCAAAAAUAUAAAUCAUUCUUACCUUGUUUUGGUGGAAAUACAUGCAUUUAAUCCGGCAUUUUCAAUAUUUUCGUCUACAAGAAAAAGUAGGCUGCAAUUGACCAAAUUUCAUCUUUAUACUUCAUUGAGCUCUACGAAAAUUCAUCGACAAAGUCAAUUCAACUCGUGAAAUUUAGUUCAAAUAGUGCAUUUUUGAAUGUUUUUUUUUCAAUUUUUUUAUUUUUUCCAAAAAGUUGAAUCGUUUUGAAAAUGAAGAGUGAUAUUCCAAAACUCGCUUUGUCCAUUUUUAUCAAAGUUGGGUUUUCAGUGGUACCUGGUAGAUGAAGUAUUAACUCACAUUCCUACAUCAUCAACCUACCAAAAUGAGGUGUUAAACUCACCUAAAUAGCCAAUUCAAUAAAAAUUAAAAAAAAAAUAAUGUUCCAAAACGCGCUUUGUUCAUUUUUAUUGAAAUUUUUUUCAGCAGUAUUUAGUGGAUGAAAUGUAUACCUACACUCCUACAUCAUAAAUCCACCCAAAUAAAGUCUCGCCUAAAAAGCCAAUUUACCCGUUUAAAGGGAAACUGUUUUUCCUCUCUCCUGAAAAGUUGUGAAAAUGGACAAAGCGAGUUUUGGAAUAUCACUCUUCAAAUGUUGUCGAAAAAUUUCAAAACUUCAAAAUGAGAUUUUUGCAUCACCUGAAGCUCAAUUUUCAAAAGCGUGCCAAAUUUCGGAAAAGUUAUUUUGAAAAUUUAGGGGGGAAAAUGCAAAAAGUUUGCAUUUUGAUGUUUACAACGACGGACUUUUUGUGAUGGGAUUCGCAAGACUACGAGAGAGAUGAAGCUCUAAAAUUUUAGUAAGGAUGUGGAAAAAUGUCAAAUUUGAAGUGACAUACAUCCGACUUUUUCAUUUUUUUGGGAAUACUAAAAACUAGACUGAAUGUUUUUUUUUCGACUCGACUCCUCCAACAACUCUAUUGCCCUCCAAAAUUUCCUGAAAGUUGAAGAAGUCUUUUGACAAGUGGUUCAUUAAAUUUUUAAAAGCGUCGAAUGCAAAUUAUAAAUUUAUUUUUUUGAAAUUUUUAGGGGCCAAUGAGGCCCUUAAGAGAGGCCGAAUAAAAAAAAUAAAUAACUAUUUCUUUCCAGCGCUAUUGAAAUUUAAUAAGCCAUAUGUUGCAGGAUUUUUAAAAUUUUUAGGAAAUAUUGGCCUCGAUAGGGGCAUUGAUGGGGCUCGAAUUUUUAAAAAAACAGUGGAUUAUUUGGCAUUCUUAAAAACGUAUGAAAUGAUAUUUUGUGUAUUUUUUCACAUUUUAAGCAAUAUUUCUGAGCUCUGUAUCCCCCAUGGUUCUUCGAAUCUCAUCACAAAAAAUUCACAGUUGUGAAUAUUGCAAAAAAAAAAAUGCUUCCUCGAUUUUUUCAAAUUUUUAAAUUACUUAUAGCAUCCAAAUUUGGCAAGAUUUUGAGAAUUGAAUUUUCAAAAAAGCUCAGUGUUGAACUUUUUAAAUUUUUUGAAAAUAUUCUUAAAACCACUCUCAAUUAUUUAUAGAUACCUUUAAAGGAAUUUAACUACUUACGAAGAAGUUGAUUUUAGAUUGGAUAAUAUCUAAGGUAUCAGUCAAAAAUGGAACAUCAUAGCAAUGAAGUUUUCAAAAUUUUUAAAUCAGUGGUUCUUCGUUCUAUAUUAUAGGUAAUUUUGUAAAGCAAACAAUGGCACAGGACCGAUUUUGCAGACACCUUGUAGCUCGACUUUUGCUAAAACUUCGCCAUCAUUAUUUGCAUAUUAUCGAGACGACGACGCAACAUCUCAUCAACGAGCUUUGGCUCCAUAAAAUAUAAUCUUUCCGAUGGUAUUACUAUUACGUAUAAUAUAUAAAAUUAGGUCGACAAAUUUCUAAAACUAAAUGUAAAGUAUUUAAUCGCGGUUUGCUUUAUUUACCUAAAAUGAAAUUACGUACGUAAUCACGUUUAAGCUUCGGAAGCUCUUUUCCUUCUUCUCUUCAAAAAAAAAAAAGAAUCCUCGAUAAAAUUCUAAUCGUCGUCUUCCAAUUGCGGAUGAGUAAAAAUUGCUAUGUCUUGCGAAACACAGUAGGGUAUUUUUACUCCACGCUUCAAAGCUAACUACGACGGGUCAGAUUUAGCGUAGAUAAACAUUUUAUUCGUUCACAAUACCAAACACGUCCCUCUAUAUAAAAUAUUUACACCGUGUACCUUACUUACCUACUUUGUAUGUGUUGGUUUCCUAAAAAUUUUUUAUAUCCUGUAUACCUAACCUAUGUACCUAAUACUAUGGAAAAAAUAAUAUGAGGAAUUUUUAGCUAGACAUGUUUUUUUUUAAUAUUACGUACGUGUAUGUUUCAUUUUAUUUAUUAUUAUUAUUAGGUGUGUAUGUUCUUUUUUUUUCUUAUUUGUAUGUAUUUCUUCUACAAAAAUACGACGUACAAAAGAAAGAAAAAAAACUACGAAUUAACGAAAAUAUUCACUAUACUAAUUUUCCUGUUCGAAAACUACGCCUGUGAUAAUAAAUUUUACGUUAAUUUUUAAUUUCCCGACCGUAUCUAUUCGUCGUCAAAAAAUUGAAAGAUAUUUAGUCGAAUUGCGCGAUGGAUGGCGAUUUUUUGGUAAAAAAAAAGUUUCACCGCAGAUUCGUUGGUGGUUUUUUUUGUUUUUCUCUCUCUCGUGUUUUCCUCUAUCCGCCUCCUCGUCCUUCUAGCUCUAUCUCGUUCUCUGUGUACGACUACGUCUGCCAUUGUUGAUAAUAUUCGCGACCGAUGAAUACAUAAAAAGCCAAGUGAUAAAUUAAUGUCGUAAAUUAAAGGCAAACAUUAGAAAGCGUUUUAUAAUUUACGAGAUUUUUUGAAGCAACUUUUUAGCCCGACUCAGCCAUUUUGUUUCAACGGCGUAUGACCACGCUAACCCUGAACCGUGAACUGGCCCCUCUAGCCCCCCCACCCCUUCGGCCAUCUUCACCACGCUGUGUCGCGUCUGCUCGCCUCAGCAUCCUCGCCAUCUGCGCUACCAUACCCCAUACCAAUCCCUAAGGCACCGCUUUAGUGGAAAUUUUCUCUUAUCCUUCGCCGAAUUCACGUAUACCUCUAUAUCUUUCAGCGAAGAAAAUUAUACUUCUGAGUCAAUUUAAUUAGGUAUAUAUUAUACGUCGGAUUAUUACCUGGCCGUGUACUAUAUUUAUACGGUGUAGCUGUAUAGCGUUUCUGGUUUACAAGUUCCUAUAUAAUGCUAUAUUGCAAUGAUGUCAUUUCGAUUUCGAGCACUAUAUGGAGAAAAAAAACCGUACCGAUACCUGAACCUACUGUCAUGAUCCUUAUACGUUGUGAAAUACGAUAAAAAAUUCCGCCGAACUAACUGAGGAAUAUAAAAAAGAAAAUUUUUUUAGUGUCACUUUUUAUAGGUAAAAAUGUCCUUACAACGGAGGACUUUUUUUUUUAUACUGUAUAAUCGAAUAGCCAAGCUCGAUUGCCAUAUUUUCUACGUACUAUACCUACCCUUCGUUAUAUAGUGUCGUCUAUUUAUAUGAAACUAUAAGCACCAUACCGCCGCCAAGCCAUCGGCGUGUUGGUUUUUUUUUCUCUCCUAUGGUACGUUUCAUUACUUCGACGGCUGCUAGAUUUUAACACGUCGAAUAAAAAAAAUAGCAGAAGGAAAAAAAGAUGCCUCUCUUCGAUAACUUAAUAUAACGGUGGAAUUUUAUUGAAAAACGCGUUAUUUUUUAUACCAUAAUGUGUGAUAGGGUAUCGAGAAGAUAACUCGUGUAAAUAUAAUCAAGUUUAUCGGUGCAGAGUAAGGUAGAGUGUGACUUAUUUUGCAAAGUCGGAAUUUUCCACCUCUAACCCCCCCCUCCUCCAAGUUGUUAUCUCGGUGAGAAAAUAAUUCCAUAUUUUUUUCUCUAUUUGUUAGAAAAGUGGUGCUUGUAACCCCCCCCCCCCCCCCCCCCAGGUUGAAAAAAAAAUGAAAAACAGUUCAAUUUAUGAAAAUUUUUUGUUUCUGCUUCAGAAUUUUUCUAAAUAAUCCUCUUUCAAGAAAAAACGUUUCCCGACCCUGCAAACCAAAUUAGCCCCUCAAAGUUAAAAAAAAAAGACAAAAAAUAAGAAUCUUGUAUGGAGCUCUCCCCUCCCAUUUGAGAAAAAUAAAAAAAUACCUACAAAAAAUUGAUGUCUGUGGAAUCUUGUGUUAGUUGCAUAUAAAACCCCUCAAAGUCGAAAAAAAUCAACAAAAAAAAUGAGAAAUUCAAAUGUGUACUAAUUUUUUGAAAAUGUUUUAUUUCUAAGCAGAGUACUUUUAAAUGACCACUUUUUCAAGAAAAACACCCUCUGGUCCUCCAAAUAACGUUGGUUCCCUUCUAUGAAACCCCCAAAAUUGAGGAUAAAAAAUUUCGGGGGGUGGGAGCGGAAAAAACGAAAAAAAAAAAUGUCCACGAGUAGGUAGAAAAAUGACAUCAUUGCUCUUAGUACCUAUGAAUAUAAUUGUUCCCCCUGAAAAUUACUUAUAUACUUUACCUAUCCACAUUUUACCGUCAUAGUUACCAUGAAACAUAUUUUCAGUCACUCUAUACUUACUUACCUACCUACCUACUACGUAUAUAUACCUACCUACAUAAUCCUAUCGUAUAAGCUCUUCUCUAGGUGUAUUCUACUACAUUUUACGUUACCAUUAUUCGCGGCUAAAUUCAAGCUGUCCUCGGUAUAUUGUACUUUUUCUUACCCUUUUUUUUUUUUCGUUUCGUUUCGUUGAUCUAAGGCAAUCGAAAAUUUGUACCUGCGCACGUUGUACGAUUUUUAUUAAUCGUGUUCCUAUAUAAUAAUUAUUAAUUUCGAAUGUGUUUAUACAGAAAUUUUUCUACUUGUGAAUCAUUUUGUUCUUUUUUUUUUCUAAUUGUAUAAUUUUCUUUUGUGCUAAUGUCUAGUUGAAUCCAUGAAAAAAAAUGUAAAAAGUUGCACUCUAAAAAAAAAAAAAAGAAGAGGCAAAGAUUUUCAAUGUAGGUAAAUUGGCCAAAUUUUGAGAAAUUCCGGACUUCGUUCCCCCUCUCGUCUCCAAAUAAAGCUUAUAGUUUUAAGUUUUUAUGCAUCUAUUCUGAACAGCUUUUGAAUAGUUUUGUUUUUUUGGUAAGUUUUGAAUCAGAAAGUAUUUAGUUUUGGGUCUAGGACUUGAAAAAAAAAAACAAUGAAUGUUUUUUAUGAGCAAUGUUUGAUACAAACUGAUAUCUUUUUCAAUACUUGUAGAUGUAGAAUUAAGUAGGUAAACUGGAAUCAUUGGAAUUUUUCUAUUUUGUUUCUAUUUAGGGACUAAAUAUAGUGUUGAACCCUUAGUUUUAAAAAAAAGUAAAUUUCAAAUCAGUCAUAAAUUUUUUGAUUUUUUUCAAAUUAGAUGGGCUUAUUGUGAGACUUGGGGAGCUUGAAUCAAAAAAUCAAGUUUAAAUUCGAAAUCAGCGCAUUUGAAAACCCAACAAACCAUACUUAGAUUACUCGAAUUUUUUCAAUUUUUUGAAAUUUGAAGCUCAUUGUGAGGCUUUUUUAUGGCGCUCAUAUCGAGAAAAUUUAGUUGAAAUUUGAAAUCGGUGUCGUUGAAAAUCCAACAAAUCACACGCUACAUCAAUUUUUGAAUUCGAAAAACUUUUUUCGAGCCCAUUGUGAGGUUUGUGAGGGGCUAAUAUUAUGAAAUUGAGUUGAAAUUUGAAAUCAGUGCUUUUGAAAACCUGACAAAUCAACAAUUACACACAUUUUUCCAAUUUUUUAAAAAAUUGUUUUGAUUUUUGUUUGAAGGGGGGGGGGGGGGGUUGUGGUAUGAAAUAAUGGUCACAGUUUCGUUUCGUAACAAUGUAUUCAAAUAAGAUCCACAACAAUACUGGUUGAGUACACAGUACUCGCCUUAGUUCUAACUUACUCUAAUUCUAUCCUAAACUCCCACUUACACUCACGUCAUACUGUCCUACUUACUCAUUCUCACACUCCUCAGUUAUUCCUCGAAUUCUGACUCAUAUGUCCAACUAGCUCAUUCUCUAUAAACUCCGAUCCUCAUACAACAGGGGUAUAUCAAUAAAUAAUUGAAGAUUCAAAAUCAGAAAUUUUUCAAUUUUUUAAAUCAAUUUUGGGAACUGUUUGAGGAAUUUUGGGGCAUAUUUCAGAAAUAUAAUUUGAAAUUUUGAAUCCGAAUGGUCGCGCGAAUUUUUGAUUUUCUUUUGAAUUGGGGGGAGGGGAAGGGUGAAUUUUAAGAUUCAAGUCCAUCGCAGGAUUUAAAGGCGCCAGGUACAGCGAAAAAAUUAAUUAAAAUUGAAAUUGAAUUACAGCUUUAAGAACUAAGUAACAAUAAACCACAGAUUGCCAAAUUUUUCAUUUUUUUUUUUCAAAAGUGUGGGGUCCAUUGUGGGGUUUUGUGAGCUCAUACCGGAAAAAAAAAGUUGAAACCAUGAAAUGUCUUUGAAAACUCAACAAAUCAAUAGGUCAUACAAAUUUUUGAAUUUUUUUUCAAUUUAUGGUCCAUUUUAGGAUUUAAGGAGUUCAUACUAAGAAAAUACUGAAAUUGAAAUUUGCAAUCAACACCUUUGAAAAUUAUUUAAAAACCCAUAAGGUUUGUUUUUUUACACGGAUUCUCAAAAAUAUGGUUUUUGGACGUUUUUUGAAUCUCUUUUUUAAACACUUUUUCGGUCUUCACCACAAACGUUCAAAACAUCAGAAGUCUUCUCUCUUCACGUAAAAUCCAAAAUCCAUUUUCAAAAGCUAUACUAUCCUAGCAGAUUAUCGUGAAUUUUAAAUCUGCCAAAAUCCAGAUUCUCAAAAAUCUGCCAAAAUCCGUGUAAAAAAAAAAACCUAUAGAUAGGUCGCACACGAAUUUUCCAUUUUGUUAUAUUUUGGGGUCCACUGAGGAGCUCAUGGGGUCUGUAUCGGAAAAAUAAAUUCAAAUUCAAAAUAAUAAGCAAAAUAAGCACUUUUGAAAACUCAAUAAACCAUUACCUAAGUAAUCACACAAAUUUUCUAUUUUUUUUUUGUCAAAUUUUGGGGCGCAUUGUCAGAUUUAGGAGUUUUAUACCAAAAAGGUAUGUUGAAAUUCGAAAUCAGUGCCAUGUAAAACGUCACAAACGAUAUGCCGCAUGGUAAUUAAUUUUUCUCUAAUAAUUUGUUCAAAACCGUAGGAGGGGGAGGGGCAAUAAUUUGAUGCGCAUGUAUUGUGCCAAGAUUGAAAUUUGAAAAAAAAUCGUGUUAUUGCUAGAAAAUUCUAAGUGUGAGGGAAAAAGUGCGUUUUUAAAUAUUUUUUUGAAUAUUAGGUAUUAAAAAAAAUGGGCCUUUGAAGGAGAGCAAGAAAGAGGGGUAGGAGGGCGAGAAAAAUAAAAAAAUGCUAACCCCCAAAAAAUAUUGCAAGACUAGGGAAUUACAUGUUUUCGAAGACGCUGAUUCUGCUUUUGAAAACUGUUUCAUCUUAGAAUAAAAAACGGGCCCUUCAGAGCACUCCACAGUAAGAGGGGAUACAAUGUAUUCUCUCUGAAGAAUUCAAUUUUCAGUUGAAGGUCAAACAAAGUCCGAAAUGUACCUAUAAUUUGGAAACCACAGUGUUGUUUUUCAAUGGUUUGAAAUUUUUUCUGUCUUUUCAUCUUUCUUUUUUGGCGGUAAAUUUUGGUAAAUUUCUGAUGUAGAGGGGGAGAGGGUCAGUGGUAAAAUUAUGGUGUUUUCUAACCUUCUAAGUUCAGGAAAUUUAUUGAAAAAUUUGGACCAAUGAUUUGUCUUGGCGUAGUCAGGCGUAGCAUGAUCCAGCAAUCUGAUUGCGAGUACCUACUCGUAUUUACGGCAAACUGGUUAUGCAACUUUAUUAACAUCAUUUUUGGCCCGUGAACGUUGAUUCGUUUCCACGACGUUGUCGCGGUAACGUUCUAACCGACGGUCUAAACCCAACUGCUCUCUUUUGUUGACGUUGAUGUGAAAUUUUUUUUCUCAAUCUUACUUUCAAAUUCGAUUCAUUUUUUAAACAUUUUUUUACAGUGCUUAGGACUUUGAAAUUUUGAAAGAAAAAGCAGUGAAAUUUUCGAAUAUCUUUCUUAUUCAAAAUCAUGAAUGAACUAAUAGGUAUGUAGGUCACCCUAUAAGGCUGAAGUGGUAUUAUUUUCCAUCUUAUUUGAUUAAACUCCUGCAAAAUAAAUAAUGUUUCGAUUUUUUGCCCUCAGAAAAUCUCAUUUUUCCAAAAGUUUGGGUAACUAGUUAAAAAAUCAAACUUGAAUUUUCAAACCAUGGUCAGAUGAAAGAAAAAUGAUACCUAAUCCUAAUAAUGUAAAUACGAUUUGAAAUCUUCGAAAUUACUAUAUUUACCCGAUAAAAAGAAACCCAUCGAGGGUGAAAAAAAAGCAACUUCAAAUCGCAGAAUUCUCAUCGUAUAUCGAAACAUCGAAAUGGAAAUGGAAAAUCUAUAGUCGGAGCUGUUGAGAACAUACGCGUGUCGUUGGCUGAGUUAUCGCGAACGUAAAUCAUCUAAAUGACAUUUUGGCGCUGAAUUCGCGUGCGAAGGUUUUUGCCUGUGUAGAUUCGGCGGUGGUGGCGAACAGUUGAUUUAAAUUAAAAAUAUUACGAUACUUUCACGAAGUUGUAUCGAUGAUGAUCGUUUUCGGGGUUUAUGAAUUGGUCAGAAACGCGUUACUGUCGAAGCUCUUUAUCACUAAUACGAGUAUACGUGUUAUUUAAUCGAUAUAAAAUACCCUCCUGCGGUUUCGAUGACAUUUUAAAGCUGUUAUUGUUUGAUUUUGCGAUUUCUAUUUUUAGUUAAUAUCUUUUUCGCGCCUUAUACCGUUCUAACGUUCUUUUUAGGUACUCUUGGAAACAGUUUCCGCGUUAGAAGAGUACUCGAAAUUUUGCUUCCAUUUUAAUGCGUUCUGCGUUCGUUUCGUUAUACGAGUAGCUUAACGAAGAAGAAUUAUUGGGACCAAAUUUUUUAUUUAUUUAAACGUAUUUUCCGCAUAUUUAUCGCUAAUGCAAACCUAUUCACCUGUAGGUAUAUUUUUUUGUAGCUUUUUCUCGUUACCGAGCUAAUACGUGUUCGCGAUAUGCUCGCUAUCUCACGUAAUGUAAUACGCCCCCUCCCCAUCCUUGCCCACUCUAAGGCCUUUAUCAUGCAUAAAUAUUGCGUAUCUAGAGCAUACAUGCUUUUGUAUUAAAAAAUAUGACGAUUUUAUGGAACGAAACGUGCAUUUCGCGAUACACACUUAAUACGAGCGACGACCAAACCGUCAUUUUACCUGGCUAAAUUGUUUCUAACAUAAAAAACAUAUUAAUAUGGAGAUACUAGCUGGUCUGAUUACGCCGAAUGUAUCAUCGAAACUGGCAGAAGGGUUGCAAAUGGCCUGAAUUAUGUCAUUAGUGUAAUGGCAUGUCUUAUGGAACUUACCAUCAACGAAUGUGGAAUAGCUCAUGCUAAAAUUAUACCUAGCUCGGGUUUGGCCUUUAUCCCACACAUACACGCACUAUAAAUGGAUCAAAAUAAGCAAAAUGGAGAAGGACGAAUGUGAAAUUAAUCAGAUUAGAUGAAAAAAAUCGUUAUUUGACUCUAUUUCGACGAAAUAUUAAAUUGAUACUUACCGUAGGUUUUUUCAAAAAUGAAUCGAUUCAAUAUUGAUCUCUGAAUGUUGUCUGAUUUUUUUUUUAGAGUGCAACGAAAUUACGAAUACCUACGAAUUUUUAUCAAGUAUUUAAUUACUCGUGUUAGAAAAACAGAGAGAUGUUGCAAAUUAAAUUCUUUCUCACAAUUGUUCACUUAAUACCUAUGUAAAUUUUAAUGUCUAUGUUUUCUCUUUUUUUUUAUGUAAUCGUGGGAAAUUAUUCACAAAAUGACAAUAAAAAUAUGGCAUAAAUAAUAAUGUUUGUAAUAUUUACGAAAUUCUAUCAAGUACCUACCUACGUCUUUUUUCCUGCAUAGUAUUAUCGAAAGAUAACAUACAAAUUACGUAUUAUGGCUUGUUUCAGUGUGUGUAAUUUAUCUCUGUGUUUGUGUACGAUGCUUUUUGUCUGGAACGAUACACUAAUAAAAUUAAGUACCUAUCUAAAAUAGAAUUAAAAUCUUCAUAUUGUGUAUCCGAAAUACCGGAAUUAUGCGAGAAAAAAAUUCAUAUCAGAGAAAAAGAAAAUGAGUACCUAUUUCUUAGUGUUUAAAGUACAUACCUCUACCUAUACAACAAAAAUGUACCUAACCUACCUAAGUACGCAUUAUGAUUUUAAAACUUAUUUAUUAUGUACCUCUACCUACGUACCUAUCUUUGUGUUUUAUAUAAAUAUUUGUAUAAAGAAAUUUACCUACCUAUAUCUUGUUUGUAUGUACCCUACCUACCUUUGUGUGUGGAGUUUUGAAGUUUGUAAAAUCUUCUAGUGACCAAAAUCUUAUUACAUGUACGUUGUAAUUUGUAUAUUUUCCCCCUCGUAACUACUCGCCAAUAACUGUUUCGAAUGUAAAGUCACAGAUACCCUUAACUGUGAAGUACUUUUUUUUAUUAUUUAUUUAUCGUGUAUUAUACUGUAUAUUUGUUUUUUUUUUGUGUAUGUUAAAUAUUUUGAUUUAUGAUUUCUUUUUUUUUUUUUUGGAAUUAAUAUAUAAACGUGUAUUUUGUUCGGA